AUGGGCGAGCUCGCAGAGGAUCUCUUCCUCCGCCUUUCGCCGGAGCUCGUCGAGGAGGUAUUUUUCCGCCUUCCGCCGGACGAGCCCGCCUGCCUCGUACACGCCUCCGCCGUCUGCAAGCCCUGGCGCCGCAUCCUCGCCGAUCUGGGCUUUCGCCGCCGCUAUUACAAGUUCCACGGAACACCUCCCGUCCUGGGGCUCUUCCAACAGGGCGACUGGCUCUUCCGGGAGGGAGCCCGCUUCGUUCGCACCUCCGCCCUCUUCCCUGCCCAGCGCGACCGGCCCUGCUGGUUUGCCAUGGACUGCCGCCACGGGCGCGCCCUCUUGGCCAGCUUGGGCACCACCUGUCACCUCAUGGUCUUGGACUCUGUGACGGGACACCAGCGCCUCGUGGUCUCGCCCUGUAACCGCCCGGUCAGCUUCAGUGCGGCGGUGCUCUGCGCCGCACAAGGCUGCGACCACCAUGGUUGCCAAGGAGGGCAUUUCCGUCUGGCCGUCGUCACCACCUAUCAGCAGCAUAGGGUCACAUCGGGCUGGCUGUACUCGUCGGAGACUCGCCUGUGGAGCGAGCUCACCUCUGUUCAUCACCCCAAUGUCAGGUGUCCCUAUAACUUGGGUGCGCCUAGCGUCCUUGUGGGCGAUGCACUCUACUUCAACGUUGGUGGCAUCGUGGAGUGUCAACUUGGUGCACUCAGGUUGUCAAUGUUGGAGAAGCCGGUCGACGGCAAUGGGCGCUUGUCAAUGUCUCAUAACCCGAUUGAUGGCAUUGGGACUCUCAUGGUGAAGGAAGACGGGCGACUGGGGUUUGCUGCCGUGGUGGAUGUCACGAAUCUAACCCUAUGGUUGUGCGAGACCGGACCUGUGGGAGCUAUUGGAUGGGCAAAACUCAGGGUAAUUGAUCUUAACUUAAGACGCUGCUCCCAACAUGUGAAUUCAGCACUAGCAUUAGGAGGUCGGUCGGUACAUGCAUUGGCGAUCACCGGCGUCGCGGAGGGCACACAAAUCAUUUUUGUGAGAGCACAUGUUGGUUCCUAUAUGGUUGAUCUCAAGUCAGGGCGAGUCCGGCCGGUGGAUGCUUAUGGCAGAAAAUUCUUUCCCUACGCAAGCUUCUGCAUCCCAGCAAUGGAAGCAGGCUGUACUGGCCAGGGGCAGUGA